CGCGCUGGUUAAAAAGAAGGAGGAAAGAGCACGGGAAAACAUGUGAGCGCUCUCAGGACUAAGUGAGAGAUAACUUUAUUCCUAAUUUUCUGACCCUGCGCACAAGCCUGUGCUGAAACGGAAUUAAUAUCUAAAGGAACAACAACGAUUUCUACCCUUUUUUUUAUUGGUUCACUAAGGACAUUUUGUAGUUCUUUUUUUAUUUCGUACUUUUAUCAAAUAUCCAGAACGUAGUAGUCUACUUUAAUUUAUUUAGAAACUCCAGUCUGAUGGAAUAUCUCCAAAACGCAUAACUUAAUUAAAUUGCUCAGUCAAUAUCAACCUUACACACAGUUGUAUUGCAUGUUGUUUGUUAUUGCUGAAUGCGGUUCAACGUGUAGUCUUCUACGAUAAACAAAAACAGGAGCAACUCCACGACAGUGUUCCUGAGAGGCACUUUUACUCCUUCGAACUUUUUUUCCCAAACUUAUUCUUGCAAUUCUACAUAUUUCCACAACUACUAUGAAGCACUUGCAAUUCAUGCUCGUUUUGGCAAUCGCGGUCAACGUGUGGGAAUGUGGAGAUGCUAAAUUCGGCGAAAGGGGUGAAAUAAGCCCACGGAGACGAAGAUGUUACGAUGGGAGCAUGCCAAAACGACUGAAGAAACGGGAUAGAAAGCUGUCAGUGGACAGCGGCGGCAGCGGCAGCAGCAGCAGUGGGGAAGUUUGUUCCCGGCUCUAUCCUCGCGUGUCCUGCUGCCCCACGAGACGAGCCGCCUAUCAGAUCCUGCAUCGGCGCGACGCACGGAUCUUCUCCACCAACAACACAGAGUGUGGGCGCCUGCUGGAGGAGAUCAAGUGUGCCCGCUGCUCGCCCAAUGCCCAGGUGCUGUUCCAUUCGCCCGACGCGGAGGCCAAGGCACCGCACAGGGAGCCCGACCUGCCGCGCCUCUGCCAGGACUUCUGCCGGGAGUUCUACUACACCUGCAGGGGACACAUACCAGAGCUGUUCCAGGCAGACGUGGACGAGUUUUGUCAGUAUUACGGUCGGAGAGACGGCGGCGCCUGCUUCCCGGACUACCAGCGAAAGCCACCUCUGCGAGGGCAGGAGUCCAACUACCUGGGGGACGAGAAGAUAGAGGAGAUCAGCAGGAAACACAAGCACAACUGCUACUGUGCCCAGGAGGUGCUGAGUGGCCUGCGGCAGCCUGUGGCCGUGGUGCAUUGUGGGGACGGCUCGCAGCGGCUCUUCGUUCUGGAGAGGGAGGGCGUGGUGCGAAUACUCACCCCCGAUCUCGAGGUGCUGAAGGAGCCCUUCCUGGACAUCCACAAGCUGGUGCAAAGCAGCCUCAAGGGCGGAGAUGAAAGGGGCCUGCUGAGCCUGGCAUUCCAUCCCAAUUACAAGAAGAACGGCAAGCUGUACGUCUCCUACACCACCAACCAGGAGCGCUGGGCCAUCGGGCCGCACGACCACAUCCUGCGCGUGGUGGAGUACACCGUGUCCAGAAAAACCCCGAACCAGGUGGACACUAGGACGGUGCGGGUGCUGAUGGAGGUGGCGGAGCUGCAUCGGAAGAACCUGGGAGGCCAGCUGCUGUUCGGCCCGGACGGCCUGCUGCACAUCAUCCUGGGAGACGGCAUGAUCACCCUGGAUGACAUGGAGGAGAUGGACGGGCUCAGUGAUUUCACCGGGUCUGUUUUGAGGGUGGAUGUGGACACAGACAGCUGUGCAUCUUCUUACACAAUACCGCGGGACAACCCGUACUUCAACAGCACCAACCAGCCUCCGGAAAUAUUCGCCCACGGCCUGCAUGACCCAGGCAGGUGCGCAGUCGACCGUCUUCAGUCCGACAACGGCAGUCUGGUGAUCUUAUGCACGGACGCGAGUGGGAAGAACUCUUCAGCUGGCAGGAUACUCGAGAUCGCUAAAGGAAAAGAUUACGAACAUGAGUCCUCUGUGUACGACCUGCAGGCCAGCGGCGGCGCCGUGCCGGUGGGCGGCUUCAUCUACCGGGGCUGCCAGUCCCGGAGGCUCUACGGCAGCUUUGUGUUCGGGGACACGAGUGGCAACCUGAGGAUCCUCCAGAAGGUCCCGUCGCCGGCCCCCGCCAGCCCAGCGGAGCAGUGGCAGGAGAGGCCCCUGUGUCUGGGCUCCGCCGGCUCCUGUGGCUCUACGCUGGUGGGACACAUACUGGGCUUCGGGGAGGACGAGCUUGGCGAGGUCUACAUUCUAGCGAGCAGUAAAAGCAUGGCGCAGUCUCACAGUGGGAAGCUCUACAAGCUGGUGGACCCCAAAAGGCCCCAGGUGCCCAAGGAGUGCCAACGGCCCCUGGAGCCCCCAGAGCUGCUGAUGACCGCCUGCUCCAGACAUUGCAAGAACGGACACUGCACACCCACGGGCAAAUGCUGCUGCAGCCACGGCUGGGAGGGGCCUUUCUGCAGGAUCGCCAAAUGUGAGCCGGCCUGCCGUCACGGGGGGGUGUGCAUGGAGCCCGACACGUGCCUCUGCAAAAGCGGCUACU